AUGAAUGGGCCAAAACCAGUUAUGAGUAUUGACGACUUUAGUUCUUCUGGAGAUUCUGAAUACAGCCCACAGGUUUAUCGAAUUGUUAAUGUCAGUAUUGGCAUUGGACUUCCAAUUAACAUCACAAAUGAGCAACAUUUGGAUAAUUUAUCAAAACAUCUUAUCAACAGCUUCAUUGUAAUGAUUUGCUUGUUGGGGCUGGUGGGAAAUGGGCGUGUCAUUUGGCUUCUUGGCUUCCGCAUAAAGAGGAAUCCUUUCACCACCUACAUCCUGAACCUCUCCAUAGCUGACUUUGGUGUCCUCAUCUCACUCCUCGCUACCUCUACAUUUGUGAUUGUGGUAAAUCUGUACAAUAGAAAUUAUGUUCUCUCUGUGUUUUUUCUAUUAUUUCUUGAACUCUUUUUCUUCAUGUAUUCUACUGGUCAAUUUCUCCUGGCCGCUAUCAGCAUCGACAGGUGUGUGGCUGUCCUCUUCCCACUUUGGCAUCGAUGCCACCGGCCACCACGCUUAUCCACCAUUGUGUGUUCUCUGAUAUGGAUCCUCUCCUUCCUGCUCUCUGGAAUUCACUUCACUCUCCAAAUGACUGGGAGCUUUGGAAAUGCCCCACUAUGGUUUCAGCUUAUAGUGAAUGCUCUGCUUUGCAUGCCUCUCAUGCUCAUCUCCACACUGACCUUAUUCAUCCACGUCUGCUGUAAAUCAAAACAACGCCAGCAGGGAAUGCUUGUCAUGGCCAUCUUGCUGGCACUCCUCUUCUUCCUCCUUUUUGCCUUUCCAAUGAAUGCUUUCUAUGUAAUUCACUCUUUUUACGCUCCACAUCACAGCCUCAUGGUAACUGGCUUUGCCUGUGCGUCUCUCAACAGUAGCAUCAACCCACUGAUAUAUUUCUUCGUUGGGAGAAGACAGAAGAAAGGUAAACCCAGAGUGUCAUUGAAGGUUGCACUCCAGAGAGUUUUCAAGGACGAACAAAACUCUAUGGAAGAUGAAAAAGAUAGCACUGAAACACCGUUAUGA